CUGGGUACAUUAUAACAGGCGCGCGUCGGAAUCUGGAGAUAAAUAUAGAAUUGAGAGCCCGGGGAUGCGUGUCGUCUGUGUCAGUGGCUACGUUAGCUUGACUUCCGACAUUAUAGGACAGUUAUAACAAUGUCUACAGACGACAGCCCCGAUCUGCCGCUGCAGGACAAGCUGUGCGCGCAGUGUGGCGCUGCAGCAGAGCAACGGUGUGGCAGAUGUUUGUCGGUAUAUUACUGCUCACGUGACCACCAGAAGGAACACUGGAAGGCUCACAGACUGGACUGCAAACCGUACAGGAUAGAGACAACAGACGACAAAGGCAGGUACCUGGUAGCGAACGGAGACCUGCCGAUGGGCCACCUGGUGAUCUCAGAGGACCCGAUCCUGACGGGCCCGUCCUACACCACCUCGGCGCUGUGCCUGGGCUGUUUUGACGCCGUGGACGGGACCUACAGGUGUAAGGGCUGCAACUGGCCGCUCUGCAGCAGGAAGUGCGAAACGGCUGGCAGCCAUCAACUCGAGUGCGGCAUGUUGAAGUCGGCCGGUAUCGACAUCACGGACUUCUCCGGUCCCAACACGUCCUACCAGUUCAUCACACCUCUGCGCUGCCUCCUGCUCAAGUCACGGGACCCCGGCAGGUGGAAGCUCCUCAGCGGGAUGGAGUCUCACGUGGAGGACCAAACCCGGGAAUACAGAAUGGAGAUGGGACGGAACGUAGUGCGUGUGAUCCGGCAGACGUUAGGCAUGGACGAGUUCUCAGAUCACGACAUCAUGAAGAUCUGCGGGAUCCUUACGGUAAAUGCGUUCGAGUUGUUCACGACGGGCCCGAACAAGGACCGGGACUCCACGCCGCGCGCCUGGGCCGUCUACCCCACCACGUACCUCAUGAACCACGACUGCCUGGCCAACACCCUCACCUCCAUCGACUCCAAGAACAAGAUGCACGUCAGAACGAGAAUGCCAGUGAAGAAAGGCGAGGCGCUGACGGCGGAGUACUCGGAGUGUCUGUGGGGGACGGAGAUCCGGAGACACCAGCUCCACAGGUACAAGUACUUCUGGUGCAGCUGUCAGAGGUGUCGGGACCCCACCGAGCUGGGAUCCUUCAUCAGCUCACACAGAUGUUCAAACUGCGGGGGGAACGUGGUGGCGACCAAGCCGCUGGAAUUCAACUCGACCGGGUUCCGGUGUGAGAGCUGCCGCGUCAUUAUUCGGGGGGAAGUCUUGAAGGGGACCAAUCACCAGGUGGAGGAGGAAGUCUUCGAACUGGAGUCCAAAGAACUGGAGACUCCCAUUGAAGAAUACGAAGACCUUGUGGAGAGACAUGAAUCCAUCCUGCACCCGAACCACUACGCCAUGCUGAGAUGUAAGAAGUUCCUGGCGCAUGCGUACGGCAGGCAGCCGGGCUACAGUCUGGCAGAGCUGUCCGAGGACCGGCUGAACAGGAAGAUGGAGAUGUGUAGAACACUCAUCGACGCGCUGGAGAUCGUGUCUCCGAGGUUCAAUGACGACACGGCCCACUUCCUGUACGAGCUGCAUGCAGCGCUGGUGGAAGUUGCCAGGCGGCGGCACGACCUGGGCGUGAUCUCCAACCAGGAGAUGGUGGUGGCACUGACAGAGGCCAAACACAUACUGCAUCAAGCCCUACAGCAUCUAUACCCCUGGAAUGAUGGUGACCUGCGUGACCUUGAAGCUGAGUCUAAAGCCAAGAAGAGCCUGGAAGCCCUGGACGCCUGGAUAGAGCUAGUCGAGACCUCCAAACCAACCAAGAUGGUUGAGAAUACAAAGCCUAAGAAGCCUGCAGAGGAGACUAAACCUAAACAGGAACCAAAACAGCAGCAACAACAACAGCCUGCUGCCAAGAAAUCAAAAGGCAAAAGGAAGAGAAAAGGAGGGAAAGGCAAGUGAAUUAGGAUGGACAACACUGGGGACUUGUGUGGUGGUCCAAGGACCAUUCCUUGUGGGACACCUGGCAAUUCUACAUAUGGUACAUGUACAUGCACUACC